CAUUCACUCAUUGCACGGGCCGUUCACUUCGGCUGCCCGGAAUCUGCACGUGAUCGUAGUUGCAUGUGGACGUUCACUCGGCCAAGCGAACUUCACUCGCUGGAUCUUUGAACUUGCAUCCAUCUUGCAUACAAGUUUCGUAUCAUCCAUCACCUCUACCGCAUGAUACACCUACAUCGGAGUCUUUACAACACAUACACAAGCCGCAAGUCAUCUUCCACCCCCAUCGGGACACAUCAUCAGCUUGAACCCACCUCGCGGCCAACAGCGCAGUACUCGAACUCUCCCAUCGCAAUUCGCUGCGGCGACCGACAGACAACAAUCAUGGGUGACGAAAUGCGCGCCGCUAAGAAGCGCAGAAUCAUGAACAACAUCAUCACCAUCACCGUCGGCGGAGAUAAUGGGGAGGAGUUUAUGAUCCAUGACUUCCUCCUCAAGGAGAACUCCAAGUUCUUUGAGGCAGCUCUGGAUCGUCAGUGGAAAGAAGGCCAAGAGAAGAAGAUUGCUCUUCCUGACGAUGACCCGGAAGUCUUUGCAGUCUAUGCAGGCUGGCUCUUUACUGGCAAGAUAGCCUCAAAGGAUGAGAAGCCUCUAGACGAGUUCACUCGGGCUGACGUGGAGCACGAACAUCCUCUUCAGGCUAAGCUCUAUGUGCUUGGCGAAAAGCUGAUUGACGACAAAUUCUGCGACUGUGCCUUGAAAGCCUGGGCAGAGCUAUGUAAGACGAAACUUGCAGAUGGUUACUGCUACAUGCCGUCUCCUCGUUCCGUGAGCACGGCGUAUGCCGGUACGACAGAUACGUCGCCGAUUCGAAAAUUUCUAGCCGACUACUUCUGCAGCCACGGAAAGAAGGAAGUUUUCUCCGACGCGAAAGAGAAGUAUUUCCCACGCGAAUUCCUCGUCGACCUUAUCCGAGUCCAGUUUUCGAUGCGUACUGCCUGCUCUACAGUAUUACCCGAGAACGCCGUCGAGAGCUAUUUCAAAUGCAAGUGAGACAUUACGCUUCUGGACAUGAUUGAAAGCUUGUCAUGAAGAGCUCUGCCUACCAGCAGUCACAGGCCAGCGGCUAGUCAGCAGCAGAUGGCAUGUGGCUGGAUACAGAGAGAUUGGCGCGCAUGAGAACAAGGAUGGGUGCUCCUUGAAGCACUCAAGUGAAGGUCUGCAGAUCAUGCUGGCGAACGCAAGUUUGGCGUCGAUGCAGCCCAUUCGGCUUCGCAGGUCGCUGCAUAAUGACAGAUCUGUAGGAAUGAAAUUGAAAGCUACCAGAAUUCAGCCUACCGUGUAAAUAUGUACAGCUAAACUGUUAACCACAA